AUGCCCAAUCCGUUCAGCGGGCCUGCUCCUGUCACCAUUAUCGCUUCCGGCAAUCCUAUCCCUUUCAUCACUCCCUAUAGGUUUCCUACCGGAAAACUCCUGAAACCCCCCACCGAACAUGCGCUACGGCCUAUGAUUCUCGUUAUGUGCGGCAGCUUCUCACCCAUGACUAUGAUUCAUAUGAGCAUGUUCAAGCAAGCAACCGAAUGGGUACACCAGAAUACCCACUACCGAAUAUGUGGUAAAUAUGUAUCUCCAGCACUCGAUGUUAGUGCUAAUCGAGAACCUAUUCCCACCAGUCAAAGAUUGGAGAUAUGCCGUAUGGCCGCCGAUGCUGAUCAAAUGCUCAUGGUCGAUGAUUGGGAGACCAGACAAAUUCUACCCGCAAAAACUGCCUUGGCACUACACCAUUUCCGAAGCGAGAUCAUGACAGCCUACAUGAAUGAACCAAGGCUCCGCAAGAAUACGUUUAACCCCCUAACCAUGAAGAUUAUGCUCCUAGCUGGGCCAGGACUUGCUGAUUCUAUGUUGGACCCUAAAGUCUGGUCCGAAAUCGAUGUUCACUACAUCCUGACUACACACGGCAUGGUAAGUUCUUGCUGCCCAUAA